AUGCAAGCCUCAUCCCGGAGACUCAUUCAAUACGUCGGCAAGGUCACCCUUGAACACCUCGAUGCCGAGAGCGUGCCACUUGUCAAAGCAUUCUGCGAAAAAACUGAAAAGGAUAAACCAGUCAUCAAAAAGGCAGAGAUUAAGGGAAGCAAGUGGCACCGGUCCCAUGACGAUCCAAACGAUGAGAAGCUGGUCCUCUCUAUUCGUUUCUUGGACGACAAUGGCAAGAGAGUCACCACUGGCCAUUUGCACAAGGAUGGCACCAGCAAUGUCUCGUAG